AUGGAAUCUCCUCGCCACGAAAACUAUUCUGCCUUAGACGAUUCGACUGGACGCCUCUUUGAGGAUUCGUUUCUUGAUGAAAACGAACUCGAGCAAAAGUGGACUCCUGAUGUCUCCAAGCACGGGCAUACUCGAAAAAGGGCACGUGCUGGCAGUUCCAGUACCGUCCUCGCUACCUCCGAUGAUGAUUGCACAGUGCCAAACUUGCCAGACAUGCCAGACACGCCAGUUGCGUACACGAGACAGACAGAUUUCUGGAUAGAAAGGGACGUGGUUAUGAAGGCAACCGCGCGAGCUGGCGCUGUAACUGCUCUCGCGCAGGAGGUCGUGCGGGAGGUUGCGAAGAAUUAUUAG